GCGAAAGCGAAAGAGCAAUUCAUUCUCUCCUCGACCUGGUUUCGCUCGCCUCCGCCCAUGGACGGCGCCGGAGCUUCACCCGCCAAGCCCAAGAAGCGGCCGAGGGAGAAGCUCAACGCCACCAUCCAUGUCGUCCCCGACAACCCCGACAAGAUCGCUCCCCUCGUCGCCUACUUCCCCUCCGGCUUCGACCCUUCCUCCCGCGGCGGCGGCGGCGGCGGCGGCUCCGCGGAGCCCGGCGUUACGGUCUACCGCCACAGCAGCAGCAAGUGGUCCAAGAGGCUCCAGCUCGUCGUCAGGCCGCCGGAGUCCGACGUCGCCUUCGUCGGCUCCAGCGUCAGCGGCGAGCGCACGUCGACGGAGUACUGCUCUUACCGCCUCGGCGUGCUCGAUAAGGAGUCACGGACGCUCAAGAUCGUCCCUAUAGCCCGUGAUAAGAUAUUCAGAUUGGAACCAAGAGUGGGAUCAGAUAUUGCUGACGAAGAGCACUCUGAGUUGGUUAGGGGAGAGCUUUCAGCAAAAGAGAAGGCUGAUAAAGUUAGAGAACUUAAUUUACUCUUCGGAACUAAGCGGUCGGUAACACAGGAUAAAAAAAUGCAAUCUCUUAGGCAAGAAGAUGAUCCCAACUCCCAAGAGGAUUUGGAUAGGAAGAUUAAGGAAGUCGCCAUGUACAAGGAAGAUCAUGAAAGUACGGAUUCGCAUCCUGCUCACAAUAUACCCCCUUACAACUCAUCUGCCACUGUUCCAAAGGAUGCCUAUCCCAUAGAGAAAAUUAUUCUCAAAGGAGAGUGGGAUUACAUCAAGGAUAUUCUUCAACUUCUUGAAGCAGGAGAGAAAGUAUCACCUGAUGCUUACCCAACGUUUGUUUGCAAUAGGAUCCAUAAACUGGGGGAGACACAGGAUGAGAUGGAGAAGGAAACGCUUGGUUGCAUAUUCUCGUAUAUCAACCACCUUAUUAAGUUCAAAGAUCAGCAUUCCGCUGACGGUGCGUCCUCUGCGAAGAACCACAAGACCCCUAGCAUAUUGCGUCAGAAAUUCUCGACCAUGUUCUCCAACACUGAAUCUAAAUGGCUACCUUCUGAGAAAAUCGAUCUUCUAAUCAGCUAUGUCUUAGUGCUCACUUUGAUUGCGGAUGAUUUCCGGACAGACCCAACAGAUGUCUCCAAGGAUCUGAGGAUGAGUUUAGUAACCAUAAGACAGCAUUUCGAGCAUUUAGGAUGCAAGUUUUCGCGAGAGAAUAACGUGUUGUAUGCCAAGCUUCCCGUGCCUCUUAAGUUCCCGGAGUUGAGAAGGAGGCGCCGAAGGUAGAUAGAUGAAUGGACUUUCUUGUCCUUGCAACAGUUUGUUAAGAGAGCCGCUUCCCAUCAAGAAGUGGAAUUCUUGGCGGCAGUUUCAGUUUGUAUCUCUUUCUUUUAGCUUUCAGCAUCCUAUGGUGAUGGAACAUGUUUAUGCUUCAUCGGAAGCGACUCCACAGCGAGUCUGCUUAAUCAAGUUUGCAUGAUGUACUUUGAAAAUGUGAGAACGCCUGCAUUGGAAGCAAUUUUGUUGCAAGCACCAUUCUUUUGAUA